AUGGAGGUGAUUGUCCCACUCUACGCUGCACUGGUGCAGCCCCACCUCAAGAACUAUGUACAGUUUGGGGCACCUCAAUAUAAGAAGGCUAUCAAACUAUUAGAGUGUGUCCAGAGGAGGAUGACCAAGAUGGUGAAAUGCCUCGAGGGCAAGACUUAUGAGGAGUGGCUGAGGUCACUUGCAGACCCUAUCUUUGCCAGACAGCCAGCUCUGCGACCCCAUGUCCACAAACAGCCCGAGAAGACUACCUGAGUUCGGACUGUCCUUAAUGAAAAACAGCUUCACACCUUGAGGACCUGUUACGCUGCCAAUCCCAGACCUGACGCCCUCAUGAAAGAGCAACUGGUAGAAAUGACUGGCCUCAGCCCGAGGGUCAUCAGGGUUUGGUUUCAAAACAAGCGGUGCAAAGACCAAAAAAGGAGUAUUGUGAUGAAGCAACUUCAGCAACAGCAACCCAAUGACAAAACGAAUAUCCAAGGGAUGACAGGAACUCCGAUGGUGGCUAGUCCGGAGAGACAUGACGGUGGUUUACAGGCAAACCCAGUGGAGGUGCAGAGUUACCAGCCACCCUGGAAAGUACUGAGUGACUUCGCAUUGCAAAAUGACAUAGAUAAACCUGCUUUUCAGCAACUAGUUAAUUUUUCAGGAGGAGGACCUGGUUUCAAUUUUACUGGAAGUGACGUAGCAUCAAUGUCUUCUCAGCUCCCAGAUAUGCCCAACAGCAUGGUAGCCAGUCCUUUGGAGGCAUGA